CGCAAGCCUAAGGUAUAAUCGUGCCUGUCACUUGUCUCCAUCUUGCUGUCUCGUGCGCCUGUUGUCUGCCCGCUGUCCUGCUCGUCGACUGUCUCGCUCGCUGACCGUCUCGCUUUCCCACUGACUGACUCGCCCACCAUGCUUGGAUCAGACUCUGUUAUGUCCAAACUCACAUCUCGCCCACGCGCUCUCUCGCCCACGCGCCCUCUCGCAUGCGCUCUCUUGUACGUGCUCUCGUCUACUCGGCCAGCUUGCCACCGACUCACCCACGUGAUUGCCCAUGCAGCCGUUCAUGUGUCCAUUUGCCGCGGACCCGUGGUGGACCUACCUGGACCCGUGCAGAACCCGUACCCGCCGUCGCGGGUCAGUACUCGGGCCGGGUACGGGUCCAGGUCAAGCUCGGGGCACCUGCGGGUAGACCCCUGCUCUGCCUAGUACUACUACUACUACGGUACAGGUACGAUGCGUGCGGCUCUGGCUGCAGGUGGUGUUGCUACUGCGUCACUGGGGGCGCCCACUGUCACUCUAGUACAGCUAGCUGGUGAUUGAUGUAUCAUGGCAGUUAGACGUAGACAGUAGUUACUUCUGCAUGUUCGCUUGACCCAGUGUUGUGUAGAAUACAUAGUAUGCAUUAAUGUUUG